CGGAACAUACAUAGAAUAAUUGGUUCCAUAUAAGCCGCGUUUGUUAUCGUUUAUUGCAUCUAUGACCUAGGAAUACAUCUUCGGAUAUUUAAGUUAACUAUGAGAACGUUUAAAUGGUUAAUGGUGUCUGGCAAUACAAACUUUAGCUAAUAGGACGUUGUCUUUUCGUCGCUUCCACGCCAGAUUAAAGGAAACGGUAAAAUCUAAAAACAAUACUUACCUAAAAUUAAAGUACGAAAUGAAAAUAUAUUAUUAGUUUUAUAUUUUUUUUCGUAAUCCAGGGUGUAUGACUACUGUUAAACACAAGCCGGGAUUGCAACUACAAUACUUGUUGCAAGGAGGCUCAUAUCGGAACACCAAACUACGUAAGUGACUUUAUUUUCUAAAAAAUCUUUUAACUAAGGUAAAAUUUUAGAUAUUAUUCUCAUGUCGUCCUGUUAAUAGAUUUUGAAAAGUAGUUCCAUAUUUAUAAUUUAUAACAAUGUUAGUAUAUUUUAACUAUUUUGGGUUUAUAAUAGGGCCCAUAGGGCAUACAUUAGAUUUUGGAUUAGGUACCUAGACAUUUUUAAUUUUGUAUUUAAAUUGCAAUAUUGCAGAUGACCUACCUAUAGUAUAGAUUUUAUCUAUUGUAAACAAUUCAAUUUUAUUAGGUUUUAGUAAGUAGUGAACGCUCUAGUCGGAUAUUACCAAUAGUUUGAAGAAAAAUGCACAAUAAAAUGGUUUUAGUGUUCAAAAAAUAAACAAAUGUUUAAUAAAGUCAAGUUUUCAAUAUAUAUAUAUAUAUAUAUUUUUAAUGUUUUGCAUAUUCUUUAGUAGAAUAAUUAUUAUUGAGUAUGAAUAAUAUUCACUAAAAAGAGACUAAUUAAUAUCUGAAUUAAUAUGUAUGGAGUGUUCCUUUGUUUGUACUUGAGACUUGGGUAAUAAAUAAAAGAGAAUGGUAUAUAAUGUAAGCAUACAUUUAGACAUGAUGAUGAAAUACAAAGCUUUGUAACUGAAGGAAUAGUAGAAGGCAUUUAAUUAAGAAGAAGACCCAGAAUGAGAUAUAUUAGCCAAAUAAUGAAAGAUACUCCAAUAAAGAGCUAAAUAUUAUUAACAAUUAAAGAGAUGUAUAAAGAAAAAAUGUUUUGUUAUAAACCAAUUAUAGGAUUGAAAAACUAAAAAAUAAAAUAAUAGAAUAAUAAUAAUGUCAUAUAUCAGUAUUAUAUAAACCAUUACUCAUUAUUAUUUCAAUGCUAGUUUACAUAGCAUUACUAAGUUUAUAUUAUUAUACAUAAUAUAACAUUGUAGUUAUUAAAUUAAUAACUGUUAAUUGUAUUAGUAAAUGUUGAAGUUUUUUUAUUUUAGAAGGAGAAAAAAUGUUAAAAUAAGAAAAGACAAAUAUGGAAUAGGGAUAUAUUUUGUGAUUGAUGCUAUUUAAAUAAUAUUCUACAAAAAAGCUAGGUAUAUUUAUGAUUAAAUUUUUAAAAUUGUUUUUUUAAAUUUUGCUAAGUAUUAACUGAAAUAUUGAACCUAAAUUUAUCAUAAUAUUAUAUUCUGUAAAGAAUACAGCAUUUUUUACACGUAAGUAGGUAUAAACAAUCUUAUUUUAAAUAAUAACUAUUACAUUAAGCAACAAGUAAUAAAACAAUAUGAUGUAAAAUGAAUAUGUUGAAAAUGUUAUAGAAAUGCAUAAGAAUAAAACAAAGUUUUUUUUUAAUAAGUGAUUUUAAUUUUUGAGUUUUAACCAAUUACCUAGAUAAUCUAAAUUUAAGAGACAAUUAAGUGUUUGUACAAUAUAGCUCAAAAGAUAUUAUACAAUUCAAAUUUGAGAAGAACUUGUCAAAUUGCCCUUCUGAAGUCCACAACUGGAUUUAUUUUAAUUUAUAUAGUAAUAUAUAUAUAAAACAAAAUUUAAAAAUAUGUAGAGAAAUGAAUGUCACAGGUAUUCUUUAGAUUUAUUUGGGUUCCAUUAACCUUAUUAAUAUGCGCUUGUUUUUUAAAUUUGUACACAAUAACAGUCUUUAAGAUUUUAAAAACUUAAUUGGUGCCUAGGAAUUUGAGCUAAAAAAAUAGACUUUUUUUCUGUAUUAAAAAUUUUAUAUUUUGUACACAGAUUGUACGGUAAUCUUAAAAAAAUGCACGGUCUAUGCCAACAAUCAUAAAUAUAUAAGCUAAAAUUAUAAAUAUAAUGGGCUUAACAUUAAAAUAUUUCUGUAAUAACAACUUCUCUAUUAGAUAACCUCUCCCUUCAUUAAGUACACUUAGUCUGGUUCUUACAAUGUCCCGUAUACUCUCACGCAUACUCUAUUUUACUUCUACAUAUCAUUAGUCCCUUUCCUUUAAGUACUACUCUCCAUUCCUUAAGCCUAUUGUUAACUUUAUCCAACUUUGUUCCUAUAAAAGUUAUAUUAUCUGCAAACAUAUAGUACCAUGGUAUUUCUUCUCAUCUGUUGUCCCUGUGCAUAUCUGAGGUAGGGCAAUCUGCCCAAGUCUUUUUUAGAACUAAUACUGUUUGAGAAUAUUUUAUACUAGCUGUCAACCUGAUGCACUUCAUUGGUUGUCUUUUAGAACAGGUAGAGGGAUCGUAGGAAUAUUUAGAUCCCAUCCCACAGCGAGAAUGGUAUUGUCGACUGUUAUGGUAUGAAUUGCUCCACCUUAUAGAAAAAAUAAUUUAUGGCUACUGGCUCUCAACCAGUAGGAGCUUGGUGCCCUGGGUUUACUAAGCCUAAAGCAUCAUAUAAUCCCCUGAGGUUAUAUAAUUAUUUUAAAUAUAAUUUAUUGAUUAAAAUAUCAUUAUAAUGUCAUUAGUAUUUGAUAAAAUAUAAUCUAAGUUCCAUUAAUAUGACUCAAUGUGUUCACUCAUUAUCGGUUAGCUAUUAUUUAUACAAUUACUAUAAAAAUUAAGUUGUUAUCAUUGAGCUACCAAAUGAUAGCUGUUAUUAAUAAUAGUUUGCUAAUCUAGGUAAUUUGAUUUUAUUGUCUAGUAUUUACUGAGUUUGUUGGCCACGUUCAAGGUUACCUUUAUUAUUAUGUACAUACACUUUAUAAAUGGAAAUUAAAAAUAAUAGUUGUCGAAGCCUUAAUAUUUUUAAAUUAAAAAAUUAUAAAAUUGUACUGCAUAAUGUGUAUUUUGUAAGUAUGGUUUGAAGAAAAAAAAGAUGGUCAAUGGUAUAAUAUGAUGCUUAAAAUCUACUAGUAGGUUGUCUAUUGUACUAAUGAUUAACAACAAUUUUAAGUUAUAACAAAAAUGUUAUUUCAAAAUUAAAAUAUUUGAUUGAUUUAAAAAACUAUAAUAUUGAUAUUUUCUGUUAUCUCUGGCUAUUCAAGUUAUCCGAGUUAUCAAUAUUAAUUAUUAAUCAAUUAUUGAAACAUUUAAAUUAUCUCACGUUUCCUCAAUUGAAUUUGAUUUGAAAAAUAUUGUGUUACUUUUAAUAUUUUAAAUACUAAUAAAUAUUAUAGGUAUUUACCUACUAAAUUAUUUAUUUUAAAAUUUAAUAUGUAUAUAGUUUAUCACCUAUUAUUCAUUGAUAAUUAUUUAUUUAAGUUAGAUUAACAUGACAUAAGUAUAUUAUUAUUCAUUUAAAUUAUUUUUUUAUUUAUUCUACAUAGUGUGUCAAAUAAAUAAAUACCUAAUUAAAAAUGUAUGUAUUUAUAUUAUUUAAGUGCAAUUAAUCGUUCUUUGUUUUAGUACUGUAGUAUUAAAAAAUUAAUAUAAAAAUAAAUAUUAAAUACAAAUUUCUUAACUUUUCAAUUUUCAAUUUGUUUAUUCAAUUUAAGGUAUUAGUUUAAUUAUAUUAAAAAGAAAAAAAAAUAUAGAACUUAAUAAUAUUAUUUGUGUAGAAAGAAUGUAUUAUGGAUUCGUUGAAAACAUUUAAUUCACCCUAGUAGUUUAGCAAGUAUUUUAUUAUUAUUCAAUUUUAUAAAUAUGAUUUUUUUAAAUAGGUAUUUGAAAUUUUUAUUUAGAAUUCAAAUUUUCUACAAUAUUAUAAUACAUUUUUUCUUUCAUUUUAAGCUAUCUAUUUUAUGAUCUUAUCAUACCCAAUGGUUAACAUUUAUCACAAUUAUUAAUGGAUAACACAUAUUAUGUAUAAUAUUAAUCAUGAUAAUACAUACUUAUCAAGAAAAAAAAAUACAUGAAUAUUUUUAGAAGGCUUCUAGUCUAAUUGUACUUUAAACAAAGGUAACUAAUUCUAACAGUAAUUUUACAACAAAUGAAUGGUUAGAAUAUGUGACAAGUUUGCACACAGGGUGUGUAUUUUAUAGGGAGGGUCUGAAUUCAUUUUCAAUUAAUACGUUCAAUUUAAAAAUUAAUUUUGAAUGAUAAUUGAGUUUUAUAAUUAAAAAAUUACAAACUCUAUAGUUUAAACAAAUAAUGUUUAACGGAGGUCUAAAAUUAUGCAUCUUUUCGUUGUACUUUCACGUCACGCAGAAAGUUCAUCAGUAAAUGAGUUUACAACACAUGAGUAUACAUAUUAUAAUUAAUUAUAAUUUAUCAUAAUAAUGUGUAUAAUAUUUUCAGUACGUAUAAAAAAUAAUUUUACCAAAACAUUUUGUAAUGAACUUUUAGGGUUUCCAUUACAUAAACAGUACCUAUAGAAAAUUCUUACAUUUACGUUUUGCCCGUCUGUCAGUUCUGUAAAUGCGUUGCUAAUAUGGUAAGUUAAAAAAGAUAAAAUUAGGGAUUAAAUCUGAGUAGUUUUAGGAACGAUUUCUGUCAAGCAAUUAAAAAUGGUUUUUCUUUUUUUUUUUUCUGUAGAUAAAAUUCUAAUUUAUAGGAGUACUGGCUGCGUAGAUGUUGCCAUCUUAAUUAGGAUAACCUAGAAAGAUUUUUUAAUUUAAUUUUUCCAUUUAUUUUCAUUAUGAUUCGAUGUUUUUUUUUAAAAAAAAAAAAAUUUAAUAAUAUUAAAUACUAUGAAGUAUUUAUAUUUUCUCUCUUUUCAAGUUAUGGGCAUUCUUGGACUGAGUUUUUUUAGAUUCCGAGCGUAUAUGCAAAAUUUCCAAAAUCAUCGGACGACUUUUUUUCUUUAAUAAGCGUUUUGAAACCAAAUUUAAAUGAAAAUCGCAAAAAAAAAAAAAAAAUACGGUACUUCAAAUUAUGUAUUAUCGAACAGCGCUUGGAAUCGUCUUUCGUCAAGCAAUGGUUUAUCGUUGCUUACAAAUAUAAAUGAAAUAACCUUAUGUAUCCUUCCUUCCACAUUUCUCACCUACAAUAGUGGCCGCUCCCGUUCCCAGUAUCAGUUUUUUUUCUUCAUAAUUUAAUUUUUUUAAAAGGCGCUGUGUUCUUUAAAACUGUGGGAAACAAAAUACUGAAUUUUUGAAUUAAUUGGUAAAAUAAGUAAUAAGUAUUUCAUUAUUUUUGAUUUUUUUUUAUAAUUCGAUUAAGGGGCCUGCGCACGACUUGUUUUUUACUCAAAAACAUGCCUUACAGGAAAACCUCUCACGCCUCGCAGAGUGAUCAGAUUUCGAUAAUUUUUUUCUUUUGUUAAAAAAAGGAAGACUUCUUACAGGUCGCAUUGGACUUCAAUUUUAAAAAUUAUAUUUAUUAGAUAAAUGUAGAGAUCUGAAGUUUUUAUAAAACACUUAUUUUAGAAUUUUUUAGAUGUAAUAUUCUGGUAAUUUUUGAGCUGGUUUAUACUCGUUUGACAUUUUGAUUGUAAAAAAAUUAGGCCAUUUCAUAUUUAACUGAACUUUGUUCAAAGUCGUGAUUAUACAUUUUUAUGUAUCAUAUUUUGACAACUUUUGACUAACAAUGACAGUAUCAACUCUUUAAAUAGUUAUUAUCUUUAUAAAAAUCCUUACACUUCUUUUAUUUCGUUUAUUUAAGUUUUAUUUCGUUGUUGAAAUAGCGUUAUCGGAUGACCAAAUUGCGAAAAUUUUAUUGAUAUACUUUACACAAUAUAAAUAUCAGAUAAAUAGAUUAAAUAUAGGUAAUUUAGGCCUGUGAAACGUUAGAUUUGGUUAUUGAACUGAUCGGAGAGCGACCCAUGUGCUUUUAUAAUUACAUUUUAUUUGUAUUUUUUCAUUAAAUUAUCAUAAUAUUAACGUAUAUUAAUAUGUAAUUGUAAUGCUUAGUUAUUAUAUUAUUGAUAACUGGGAUUAAAAUUCAAAGUUUGACUAUAUUAUAAAUUAAUUUUGUAAUAAUGUUUUUUUGUUUAUUGGAAGUUGUUAUUCCGUUUUAAAAUAUUCGGACGAACUUCGUAUUAUUUUGUGUACUGUUAAAUCAAUUUUAUUUUAAAUAAGGUACGUACCAACAUUAAUAAUAUUAACAAAUAAUUAUAGUAUUAUAGUAUCAAUAAUAUUCAGUAGGUACUGAGUAUAAUAUUUGCAUAAUUAACAUUAUUUUUAUCGUAUUCUCAUCAUUAUGAAAUUACGAUCUAUAAGAUAUAAUUUAUCACACUUCGUGUGUUUAAAAUGCAAAUAAAUAAAUAAAUUGGUUUAGAUUAAAUUGCGUGCUUUAUGCGCUCAGGUCUCUAUGGUUACGAACGGUUUUUACGGUGACUACUGUAGAUCAAUACUAUUCUUCACUCUACCUGCUGCUGUUACUACUACUACCACUACUACUAUUACUACCACCCUCGAUUAUUCCAUGCAACUCUUGCGUUGUAAUGUUUACUAUAUUGUUUUCGCUUUAUCUUGUCUGUUGAACUAGUUUUUUCGUUAAAGUUUAUUUUAUUAAGCUCUACUUUUAUUUUUUUUAAAAUUUGUAUUAACAUUUAUUCUUAUUGCAUAAUAACUUCGAAAGUUAAAAUAAUAUAGGCGUUGUUAAAUGUUAUGCAAGACUUAAUAUAACAUCUAUCUAUAUCUCAUUUUUAUUUAAUUAUUGUCUACCUUCAACGUUUUAUUUUUAAAACAGGUAAGUUUAUUAUUUAUUCAUAUUAUCACUUACCUACAGAGAGUUGUUUAACUUUGCGUUAAUUAUAAUCAAAUACUCGCCGGUGUUGAACUUAUUGAUUUUACAUUGUUGUAAUUGUUUUGUUUAUCAGAAUGCAUAGUUUUGGUUUGCAGUCAGCGUUGGCGAUCCGCCGUCAACGUAAACGUCGAGCCGAAAUUAAACGGCACAUAGAAAGGCGUCGUUUAAGUUCUCAGUCAAUAGAAAGUGGCAUCCAUGGUUCUAGAUCUACAGUUACAAGUCCAACAGAAUUUAAUGGUUCAAUAGGUAACUUAUCGCAUGGACGAAGAAGAAGAAAGAGACCACCUAAAAUGCUCGACACCAAGGUUGCUUCUAGUAUUGGUAUGCUUCAUGUCGGUGUUGUCUUUCUAGUUCUGGGCCUUUUCUUAAUUGGAUCUGGCAUUAUGCCUAAUGAUUAUGUUUCAUGGAGUGUGAACCAUUGGUUCAAAGAACUUGUUAUUACUGGUAUUAGUUCAUGUGCAAUUGGUAUUUUUCUGAUUGUCUUGAAUCAUUUUAUUAACCGUAAUGCAGAUUCAGAUUUAGCAGCAUAUGUGGAACGUCAACUUACUAGAACAAGAUCUGGUAGAAGACUUGUACCAGAUCUUGAAACUGGUGCAAUGCACACAAAACAGCAGCAUAGAGCACGGAAACAGGGUCAGACUGAACAGCCAACUUCUCCAGGUUCUGAUCUUGUUCAAAUAGCAGAAGAAGAACCAUCUGGUUCAGAAUACAGGCAUAUUGAUCAUUAUAACAACUCUGAAAUAAAGAUACAAAAUCCAGGUCGAGCAAAUAUUGCAUAUAAUAGGGAAUUACUGAUUACACAGUGUUAUGACACUACUGAAACUUAAUAAAUACAAUUUUAAAGAAUUGUGUACUUAUCAAUAUUAUUUUAAAAACUUUAAUAUUAAUUACAUUUAAGAAUUUUAAUUCACAUUUAAAAACUUUUACAUUUGAACCUAUAUUUAAUUAAUAUGCCUAUUUAUGAAUGAAUGUACACAACAUUGACUUCCUUUAUUGAUAUUUAUUUAUAUAUUUAUACCUAUUUGUAAUUUGAUAUUUUUAUACUAUUUAGUGGACAUUUAUGUUAUUGUUCAGUAUUAUUUAUUAUUUAAUAACUAUAAAAGCACAAUUAAUUUAGUAAACUCUAAAUCUUAAAAAAAGUAAUAAUUUAUUCCCUUUCUUUAAAUAUUUUACCUAAAUAUUGUUUUGCUUGAACUACAGUAUGAUGUUUAGUUAAAUAUUUUAAUUGUAACUUAUAACUGACCCCUAACUAUAAAAAUCACAUUUACCAGAAAUUAAUAUUCUAGUUGUUUUUUAAACAGAUAUAAAAAAAAAUAUUGAACUAUGUAAUUAGUUAUUUUUUUAUUUUACUGGUAUAUUUUAAUCAUUUAUCGUAUCAUAACACUGUAAAAAAAAAUAUAAUUUUAUACAUACUCAGAUUGUAGGUAUGUUCAAUAUUUUUUAUGAAAUUUAUUUUGGAAGACUGAAAUGUUAAUUUACGGUUUAUGUUUAGUUUUUACAAAUUAUUAAUUGCAAUCACAUUUUGGAUUUUUAAUUCUUGCUCAACACAUUUCUAAAAUAUAAAUGAUUCAAAAUUGAACAUUGGGGAUCAAAAGUAUUAAUUGGGUUAAGCCACACUUAACUAUUAUAGUAGUUAAAUUUUUCUUCAUUAUAGCACUACUUUAGUGUGUUAUUAUAGUUUUAUUAUAUUGGCGCUAUGUUAUUAUUUCCUCAGAAAAUAACUACAUUAAUAAUUUAAACAAUUUACCCUUGUGUUCAAAACUGUACAUUUUUUGUUUGAACCAUGUUCUUGACUUAAAUUAUUUGCACUGUGAUUUUUUGGUUUAUAUUUUUUAUUUUUAACAUUAUUAGAAUAAGGCUAUUGGAUAUUAAAUUUGUAUAACUUAUUUUAUCAUUAUAGCUAAUUAUUUAAGUAGUGAAUAUUUAUGCAAUUAUUAUAUUUAUAAAAUAAUUAACGAAAAAAUGUAUUAUUGACAUUUUAAUAGGUAAUAUUCAAAAUUAUAAAAUACAAUUUUUUUUUUUUUUUAAAUCAUAAUUAUUCUUAUAUUUUAUUAUUCCAAUAUAUCCAAAAUUAUUUAUCAAUUAUUAUUGAUACACAUUUGUACAUUUUUUUUUUGUUUCCUUUGUAGGUAAUAUUUUAUUCUUAGGGGAAAGUAAAGCUCAUGGUUGAAACUCAAUCAAUGAGAGCUUUUAUUCCUAGUGGCAAGUUUAUGGACUGAGAGGUACAUAUUAAAUGUGUGUACUUCAAUGUACUUAUGUUUAUUAUAGUAACUCAAUAAAAUACUUAGGUAAAAUACAAUUAUAUCUUUUGAAGUAUUUGUAUAAAGUAGGAUAUUCUACAGUUAAAUUAAAUAACAUAUUAUUUGUUACAUAAAUUAAACAAUUUAUGACAAUAUACAUAGGAUCCUUUUAUGUGCUCUUUAAAUUACGUCAAUAUAGGAUGUAGGCAUAAUUUGAUAUCAUUAAUUAUAUGAUCACAUUACAUAGCUUGACAAUCAUUUACCUUUAUAAUACACCUAUCAUUCGUUUAAUAUACUAGAAAGCACAGAUUGAAUGAAAAUAUGUACUGAUUUCGGACAGCGCUGUUAUGCUGUGUUCUUCUUUAGGGUACAAAUUGAUUGCACAAUAGCAUUUUUCUCUAAUUAAUUACUCGGUUUAUAAAACAUACAGACGAAAUAACUAUGAUUGGAGCGAUGCCUGCUGUGGCUGUACGCCAUGAGCGACGAAGGCAGGAGAAAAAGGUGGUUUGCGUGAAUAAUCUGAACAUCAAUGACCGAGAAGGUACUUCAAACACGACAGGAAACCGAAGACCAAGUCUUUUAACCUUGCAGUCACCACAUUCCCAGACUGGCACUUCAAUCAUGUCACCGCCGUAUGUCCAAAACUCACUGUCAGAUAUCUAUGUCUGCUCAAAAGUAAGCCGACUACCACCUACUCGGGGGCAAAUUUUUUAAUUGGUUACCAUGUUAAUGGUUAGGUACUAGAGGACGUAAAACUCAUACUGUCCUGUUGGUAUAAGUACUAUAUGGUUUUACCUUCUUAGACAUUCAAAAUAUGUAGAUUCUGAUGAUGUACAAGGUGUAACGUACAAUUUUAAAGUUUCCUAAACAGUGGAGUAUAAUAAAGUCUAUAGGCACAUCAUUGCUUACUUAAAUAUUGUGUUUCUACUUUGGUGUUUAUAAUUAUUUUAUAGGUAAAUCAGACACCUAUUAUAUGCACCUAUUUUGAUCUCCACUUUUUAGUAAAUUUUGUACAGUUGUGUGUCACCUUAUGCACAAUUGAAUAUCUGACAUUAAGGUGAAUUAUUAAUAUAAUAAUGUAUAAUAUAAAUAUAAUUUUAAAUGUACGUAAGUAUAUUAUGAUAUGUUUUAAAUGCAUGUAAACCCAUGUAAGAAAAGUGUUUCCAAUUUUUACUUUUUGAAAUUAUUUUUUUUAAAUUAUAAAUGUUUUUAAGAAUUUAUUUUGAUUUUCGGUCAUUUAUUUCUUUAGUUCAUUAGUCGUUAUUAUUAUUAUUAUUAAUUAAUUAUUAUUUUGGCUUUAUUUAUUUAUUUUUGCGUUUUAUUUUAUUUUAUUUAUGUUUAGCAGGGUUUAAAAAACUGCAUGAGAUAAACAAUUUUCGUCGAUUUUUAAAAAAGGUAUCCGUAUCAAAAUUCAACGCAUUUUCAUUUAAAUAUACUUCAAUUAUAUUUUUUAAAAAUAUUUUUUUUUAAUUUGUAUGCUUAGAUAUCUGUGUUGCACAUAGCAGUGGUGACCAUAUUGAUUGGAGCCAUUCUUUUGAUUGUCGGUCUGGUCCAGUUAAAACCUGGAGCAGAUGCAUCAGAGUAUAAAUUUGUGUUGAUCUUCUCUGGUCUCAUCACCUCACUUAUUGGCAUUAUUAUGGCCAUCGUCCGGUGUUGUCUGCUUCCAUGGGUCAUUAAAAGAAGGCAAAGAAGGUCCACUCCAUCAACACCAGGAUUGCUGUUAACUGCGUAGGACAUGUUUUUUUAUCAAUAAUAGAACCUUUAAUAUUUGCUUAUCCGCUUAAUAUAAAUUAAUACACAUUACAUAACACAUACACACUUUCAUUCAUACAUACAUAAGUACCUCAAUUGUUGAUGAUAGAUAAAAUACAUCAACUUAUUAAUAUUCAUUGUUGUUAUAUUUAGGUUGAUAAUAUUAUAUUAGAGCUAAAUGUUAUAUAUAUAUAUAUUAUACUUUUCACACUUUCCAUUAAAACAAACAAUCAAGGGGGAAUAUCUUCCAUCAGUUCUUGUCAGAACGUAAUAUUGAUAUAUGAGUCUGUGAUUUAUAUCUUAAACAUUGGUUCAUAUUAGAUUUGAAUAUAUAACAAGAAAAUAUAAUAUGCAUAUAUUUAAAAAUUGUUUUAAUCUCUCUUGUUUAACAGUCACACUAAUGUUUAGCUAAUUUUAUAUAAUUUAACUCAAUCAAUACCCACAUAAAAUAUAUAUGAAGAUUCAUAGCUUGUAAAAAUAGUCUAAAUAAAAUAUUUUUGGGACCAAAAAUAUAAUCAAUUGACAUUUCUGGAUUAAUUUAGUCCGAUUCAAAUGCAACAUAUCUUUAUAGAUUUUAACAUAAUUAAGCAAUGUUUUUAUUGUUUUGGGUAACAAAAAUCUGAGUCUUCUUUGUCUUUGUUUUGUACUACCUAUUAGAUUCUUUUUAAAAAUAAAAUAUACAAACUUCUUUAGUUUGGUGGUCCAUUUAGAAUUGAGCCGAGAAUAAUAUUUUACUACUUAGCUCAUUUUUGGAUUUAUGCCAUAAAUUUUGAAAUCUUCCAUUAUUAUCCUAUGCAUAUAUUAUUUUAAUUGACUGACCUUUUUGACCAAAUUAUAAUUUCCCGAUCAAUCAAAAACUGGAAUGUCCUAAUCAAAAUAUAGCUACUUAAUAAUACGCUCAAAUUAAAAUUAAUAUUGUCCAACCUAAUUUGUAUAAAAAAUAUGAAAGAAUUAUUAUUAAAGUUAACAAAAAUAUUAAGUAAUUUCAUUAAAUAAAAUGUUUACGUACAAUAUAUAUAUAAUAUUCUAUUAUUACAUUCUGAAUUUUGAAAUAAAAUGAAAACGAUUUGAAUAUGAAUCAACAAAUAUCAAGUAUUGAAUAUAAGACACUUGAUUUUAUAAAAUAAUAAAUUAGUAUUUUAUAGCAGUUUCAAUAACCAAGCAAUUGUUUUUUAAUCUACAUUUUUGUAUAUCAUACUAAUAUUAUUAAUCUAAAAUUUGUUUAAAUAAUAUUAAAAGAGUGAUUAUUAAAAGGGUGUAUGUAUAACAAAAUGGUUUAAGAUAAUGAAGCGAUAAUUAAUAUAAUAUUAAUUAAUAGUACAAAUAAAUAAAUAGUUUCACACAUACAUUUAUGUUAUGGAAUAGUAAAAUAAAAACAAUGAUACAUGUAUAAUGUGUAAAUUAUCAAUUUAUAAAAAAUUAAUUUAUGGAACAGUUACGCAUAUGGUGCAAGAACUGCUCAUUGGGCUUAUCUGUUUUAGAGUAAUUAUUUUUAUUUAUUUGAGACUGUUUUUUGUGCCAAAAAAAUUGAUUUGUUCUUUAUUGUUAUAAAUGUUCUAAAAAAUCUUAAAAAUAUUAUAAAAAUAAUUUAUAUUUUUUAAUUUUGUCUUUAACAUAAUUAUUUAUUUAUAAUUCUAUGUUUAUUUUAAAUGAUUUUCCUUACACCCAAAUAAUAAUCACUCUUAUUAAUAAAAAAAAAAAAAAAUAUUGUUAAUUUUGUUACAUUUGUAAUUAUUUUAAAUAAACUUAAUAAAUUAUUAUUUUAUAUUAAUUAAUAUAAAAUUAAGUUAUCUUAUAAUUUAUCUAUUUAUUAUUAUUAUUAUAAUUUACUUAUAUAAGGAUACAGUAAUUAAAUUAUUAAUCACUUAUAUUUGUUAAUAUAUUUUUUUUAAAAUCUAAAUGUAUUGAAAAUUUGUGUUGUUCUUCUAAUCUGUUAAUUCUUAUGAUAUUUUAUUGAUAACUUUAUUACAAAUAUUUUAAGGAAAAUAAAUAUAAGUUACCUUCCAGGAAUUUUUUACCAAGAAAAAUGAAUUGUGAUACUGAUUUUUUUUUGGUAGGAAACAUAUUUAAAUAUGCGAUUUUAAAUGUAUGUUUGUUAUGAAUAUUUUAGUAAUUAUUGUAAUUGCACUUAUAAUCCACCCAAUUUAAUCUGAUUGUUUAGUUUUAUUAUUUUUUUCAUUACACAUUAACAUUGUUAAAUAAUGUACAUUUAUGAUUUAUCUAAUAAAUAUAAAUAAUGAAUACCAUUUAGUGAAUUACAAGCUACCGCCUGUAAAAUACUGAUAUGUAUAUAUAUAUUGAUUCUAAAAAAAGUUAAUAGCUUUAUCGUAACACUUAGGUAAAAAAUCAUCCGAGUAAAUAAUUAUUUAUAUCUUAUUUUCAUAAAUUAAGCUAUUUUUGUAUUGCAAAACAAUAUUUAUAUACAAAUUAUAUUCGUUUUGUUAUCUAUUUACCUAUAAUUCUGCAUUAUUAACAAGUUUUAUUCAGGUUUUAUAGUAUGGCAU